GGACUGGAUUCGAUUAUUUUAACUUCACUCGGUCUUACUUUUCCAUAUAAAAAAAAAAUGAAUACUAUAAAUUAUUAUUUUAUUGUGAUGGUCCUGCUAAAAUUCUUUAAAGAUGACGUAACUGCUGCACCCCAAAAUUAUUGUUCAUUUAUAAGGUCGGAAAAUUUUGUGCUUUCUAUACGCAAUUUCGAUCAGGCUGACUUCAAAUUAGAAAUUAAUAUGAAUGUCAAACAGUUAGAGAACGAAACUGUGAAUCAAUUUUUGGCAUAUCUUCAAGAAGCGAAGAAUAUAUCAUUGAGUUCUGAUUUGGUGAUUUUUGAAGAUAAUUAUCGAUUCUCUGCUCCUGUUUCGUUGAACACACCGGUUUGUCAAGUGAUUGGCCAAACGAAUAGAAACCGGUAUAUAUUAUAUGUUGGAAAGCAACUCAUACCGUUGCAAACUCUUAAGGAAAGAUUCAUGAAAGGGAUCAUUUAUGAUGAUCAAUCCGGACAUUUUAAGUUGGCUGCCUUUUCGCCUAUCACGUCCAAAAAAAUUACACAAAUAAAAAAACAAAUUAUUGGUUUGGAUACACAGAUUAUUGAAUCAAAGCUGGACGAUAAAACGUUCAGGAAUAAAAUUUCAGCACUUAUCCUAUCUGGAAAGCAGGCCAAACCAAAAAACAUUAUGUUGAAUUCCAAGUACGAUGCUCGUCAUGCUGUUGCAUCUCUUUUAAGUAAGAAAACUGAAAUACUUAUUGACGAGAAUAAAAUUGAAUUAAGUCAGGACUUUCGGGAUAAACUUUAUGCGGCUGCUAAUAUGCAAAAUCUAUCUAAUUUAAAUCGCACCAAAGAAAUCAUCAAUAUAUUAAAUAAUUAUGGUUGGUAUGUCACAAAUCACUUUUAUCUUGGUGGACGAUUGGAUGUCAUAACAAACUUACAAUUAGAUGAAGCCAGCGACUGUGGAAUAUUUUGUUAUAUUGUAAAACCAAUCGAUUUUUUGUUCAAUUUGUUCCUUGGUAAACCUGAGAAACAAACUGAUGAGGGUAAGCUUGAAAAAAUGGAAGCGAAACUCGCUACCCAAUGGAAUAAUUUAGGUGAAAAUAUUGUUAUAAACCAUAAAGACAACUCAAAAUUCACUGAAAGUGAAUAUGUUACUUCCACGGUGGAGGGAGCAAACGAUGUCCAGUCCUUCAAGAACAACGUGGAACACGAACAAAAAUGGACUAUAGUUUCGCUGGAUAACAUAAUACCAACUUGUAAGCUCCUAUUCCAGAACGACGCCCACCUGAUGGGCGAGAUCAGACGACUGAUUAUCACUGACGGAGAUAAACCCGAAGUUAGGAAUCUACAACCUAACAUCAAUAUGGUUCAAUAUGUCAAUGAUUUGUGGUCGGACUAUAUUGAACCCUUUUGAGACGAUCUAUAUAUUUGUAAUUAUUUGAUUGAAAAAAAUUUUAAAAGAAAAAAAUUAUACAAGAUUUACUCUCAAAAUAGAAGACUACAAAAGAAUCGAAACAAAAUUAAUUAUCCAUCAAUCGAAUGUGAUUGAUUUAUAAUUACCUUUAGAUUCUGAACGCAAUCCUUAACUUAUUCUAAUAAAUGGCAGAUUCUAAAUGGUUUUAAUGGCAGAUAUAGUAAUUGAAGAUUGCGGCUUCUUCUUUCUUUCGGUCCGGAAAUCCUUUUGGGCUAGUUUAUAAUAAAUAAGAAAAACACUAAUAAUA